AUGAAGCUAUUCGCUGGACUCCUCUUGGCCUUGCCCUUUGUCGAUGCCAUCGACUGCGGCAUCACAGGCUACCCAGUCUCCUGGGCUUACUUCUCCAAGACUGAUGCGAACCUGGCCACUCAGAAAAGUUGCGGUACACUAUGCAAGAAAGACGUCAAGUGUAACAGCUUCGCGGUCAAACCGCAAUGUGUGGAGAGUGAAGAACGCUCCGUGGAAGUUCUGGGACCGAUCGUGCAAGGUCGCGGCGCUCACCACCUCGACCACCACAACAUCGCGACCUACUACAACAAGUUCGCGACCAUCGACGUCAACUAUAUCCGCAAGGACAACGACAACGACAACGACAACGACAACGUCUUCAAGGGCACAGGCCACUUCGACUCCAGGAAGAGGCUCCACUACCUUGACUACCAGCAGUGCUGCCGCCACAUCGUCGACGACCAGCGUCGCCACGAGUUCGACUUCGGCCAGCGGAGGUGCCGCUGCGACAUCAUCGACCACCAAGCCUUCGUCGACAACCUCGCUGGGUGUAUGGCACAGUGCAAGCUUGGGUCCAAGUGCCGAGCCUUUGCGGUGGACGAUGCCACAUGCUACCUCUACGACCAAGGACUUGACGGCAAUUUCGGAUACGAUCCGGACAGUAAGAAGAUCUUCUUUGAUGCAGGAUGCUUGAUCUCUGCCACGGCCCCGGCCUCGAGCCAAACGACAUCGACGACCACUCUCAGCACAACCGACACCACUACUUCCGUAAGCACUUCAUCUUCUGAACCUGCCGCGGUUGACAGCACGACUUCAACGACGAGUGCGGGGCCCGUUGUUUACCCAACGGAUGAUCCGAACUUCCCAAACAAUAUCGUCGCUUACGAAGACUUCACUCUCGAUGUCGUCGACAUGGGCGUCUCUCCAGUAACUGGCCUACUCGCCGAUACGAGCCUGCAGGCUCCAGCGCCGUGCGUGCUGAACCCGACGGAUCCCAAUGCUCUCUUCGAGCUCUUGAGCAAGGAGGGUAUGCCACUGAUUGCGAAUCAAGCUGUCAACAGCCUUGGUCCUCUGCCCAGCCCGACCUCGCAGGCUGCUGCAAAUGCUCUUGGUCCCGCCGAGGACUUCCAGGUGCCUCAUUUCUCAUUCCAGCAGCCUGCAGGCGCUCCACAGGGGUUGUACGAUAUUCUCAUCGUGGCUCCCACGCCAAAGUAUGUCGCCAAGGCCGCGAAUGGCGAUAUUGUCCUUACAGAUGCGUCGACCGGUGCGGCCGGCCAGAUCGUCAAUGGCCAGAAGCUGUACACGACCAUUUUCGGUGUGGACUGCCAAGGUUUCUUGUCCAUCACUCAAGAUGGUCAGUCGUACACAAGCAACACGGAUAAAGGGAAGGUCACCUUGAUUGCUGCAUCUGAUGGCGGGAAAAGCAUGCUUACUCUGCCUGUCACUCCCAUACCAUCUUCCCGUCGUCGCCGACGGAGCAUAUGGAACGAGGGCACCGCGCCCCGUUGUCCCGCUACCCCUGACUUUCUGACUGGUCAAGUUAGAGUCCAAGACCCUCCCGUUCGUCCAGCACAAUCGAACGGCUGCGGCGGAGCCGCGAGCGCCAAAUUCGUUCCCAACUUCUCCUUCGGCGCUUGCUGUUCCGGUCACGAUCUAUGCUACGACGACUGCGCGAAGGGCAACUUCGAGACAUGCAACAAUGAGUUCCGCAGCUGCAUGCGAGGGCAGGGAUGCGACGAGCUCAAUCACUGGUACACGUGGGCGUUCUACAGGACUUGUCUUGCCACCGCCGACUUCUACUACUGGACCGUCACCGGAGAUGCAGCUCGCGGCGCUUUCAACGAUGCCACCAAGGACCGCUGCGAGUGCAAAUGCCCGAACAAUCUGACCCUGUGCCCCAAGACUUCCGGCGGCGGUGUUACCUGCACCGAUACUACCAGCACAGAUAUGCAGAACUGCGGCGGAUGUGCCCGGAAAUGUCCAGCGAGGGCUCGCUGCAGUGGUGGCUCCUGUAUCUGCCCCAUAGACACUUGUGGCAAUCGCUGCACGGACUUCCAGUCUUCAUCGAACAACUGUGGCUCAUGUGGCAACGUUUGUGCCAGCGGCUACUGCUACAAAGGACAGUGCUACGAUCCUCCUGCAGACACAUGCACCACUGCCAGCGGCUUCAGCAAUGGCGACUUCGCAAGAGGAGGCGAUGGCUGGACCUUCGGCACGUUGACUGGCGUCGCAUUCGACCCUGUUGCAGACGACACAGCCAGCCUGCAGAUCGGCUUCAGAUCCCAACUUCUCAAGAAGCUCACGAGAACCUUCGAGACCGAAGUGGAGAUGUGCCCCGGAGUGGAGUACGACCUGACCUUCCUAUGGCGUCGCACCUCCGGCGGCGAUAGUUGCCAGAUGACACUCUCCUUUGGCGACACCCAAGUCUUCUCGGGAGCCGUUCCGGACGGACAGAGCUGGAUCGAUCCGAGCUCUCAUAGCACCGGACCCUUCCAGGUGGGUCAGAACGGUGUGAGGCAGUCGUCCACCAGCAAGAAUAUCUACGUCAAGUUCUCGGGCGCCAUCACUUGCACUAAUGUGGCCGGCGGAUUCGGUCUCAGGGAUGAGAUUCGUCUUGACUCCUUUGCGAUUUCGAGUACAUGA